UGUGUUGGCACUGAGAAAGAUGGGCGUGUCCCGAGCCACGUGAAGUAGCUAGCUAGAGUAGAGAAUGGCUAGUAAAAAAGAUGCAUUGGAUAAGGUUAAGGGAGGAGAGAGCAUCAGCAAGAAGAGGUCACUGAAGCAGCAGAUCAGGGACACACAGAGAUUGCUGACAAAGGAGGACCUCCCGGAGACAGUGCGGCUGACCAAGGAGAGGGUACUGAAAUCCCUCCAUGGAGAGCUCAACGACAAGGCUAGUCAGAGGCAGAAGCAGAAGAUCUCAAAAAAGUACCGGAUGGUCAAGUUCUUUGAUAAAAGGAAAGUGGUGCGUAGACUAAGCCGAGCGUGCAAGGAGUUCAGUGAGGGUGGUCUCACAGAGGACGAGAGGUCUGAGCUGAGCGUGAUGAUUCAGAGGCUGAUACAAGAGCUCAACUAUACCGUGUUCUUACCUCUGCAGCACUUUCCUCCUGAUGAGAAGUACAUCUCCCUCUACCCUAGCUCCACCCCCAGUAGUGAGUCUGCUCUCACCAAGCGAGAGGAGUUGCUGACAUGCAUAGCAGAGAGUGUAGCAAGUGGAGAGCUACCUGAUGCUGCCUCAUUGGAGAGAGAGGUGGUCCUUCCCGGGGAACUGGCGGGCUCUGUCACAAAGUCACAUGAGACUAGCAGACAGCCUGUACAACAUCGGGAGAGGGCACCAAAGAGGAAAAAGAGGAUCUCUAAUGAGAGUGAAGUUGAUUCUGUUAUUGUGGAAACAAGCAAAAAGAAACUUCGAGAAGACGGAUUCUUUUUAGUAGAUAGUAGAACAUGAUUUUAAUUAAGGUGUGUACUGUGUUCAGUUUGUGUGUCAACAACUUGAUAGUUACACAUCUGUGUUGUACGUCGUUUCCAUAGUUACACGUCUGUGUUGUAUGGCGUAUCCAAUAGCGACUCCAUUUCCUCUGUAACCACUCGGUCUGUUCUUAAUCUUUGUGUUUUGUUCUCUUUGAGAGCUUUCAAAUUUUUCCCUGCAAAAAAUAUUAUUGAACACA